AUGUCUCUUUUCUUUCGGGCGCCUUUGGAAAUCGACAUUCGUUUCGAUAGCGAGGAAAGCCGAAAGUAUGUUGAUGUCAAAACCACACAAGGAAGGCUAGAAAAGCUUCCUAUAUACAAGGACGGUGAAACUGUUAAGGGAAAUGUCACGAUACGUACGAAAGAUGGACGAAAAGUUGAUCAUUUUGGUGUCAAAGUCCAACUAUUAGGAGUGAUCGAAACCAACUCUGAUGGUCUACAAGUCAGUGAGUUUCUUUCUUUGGCUACAGAACUCGCAGCUCCAUCACAAAUCUCGCGGCCGGAAACAUAUCCCUUUGAAUUCAAGAAUGUCGAAAAACAGUACGAAAGUUAUCGUGGUAAAAAUGCCCGUUUACGAUACUACGUGAAGGUGGUGGUUUCACGCAAGUCUGCAUCAGAAAUAACCAGAGAGAAGGAAAUGUGGGUGUACCAUGACACAUCAGAAGCAGAGGGUAAUGGCACAAGUAGUUUGGUCGCCAACAAGGAUAAACCCAAAUCUACGGUGAAAAUGGACGUGGGAAUCGAGGACUGUCUUCACAUAGAGUUCGAGUACCUGAAAUCGAGAUUCUCCCUUAAAGAUGUGAUCGUUGGACGAAUCUACUUUCUUCUCGUGAGACUCAAAAUCAAGCAUAUGGAACUCCUGUUGAUACGGCGAGAAACGGUGGGUGCCCCACCCAAUGCCAUCACCGAUAGUGAAACGUUGGUGCGGUUUGAAAUUAUGGACGGUGCUCCAGUAAAGGGAGAAACUAUACCCAUUCGGCUCUUUUUGGGAGGAUUUGAUUUGACCCCAACUUACCGAGAUGUUAACAAAAAGUUUUCUACCCGCACAUAUCUCUCACUCGUGCUCAUUGACGAAGAUGCCCGGCGCUACUUUAAACAGAGCGAGAUCAUUUUGUAUAGAUAA